CUGUAAACGCACAUGCGCAGUUGUUCACGUACUAGUCUGCGUUCGCAAGGUUUUGAGACAUGUUUAGUUUAGUCCUCUAAAAUAAGAGAAGCUUCAUUAAUCGAAGUUAAACAAUGGCAACUCCUGCUGUUCGACUUUUCCGAAGGUUAGAGGGUCUGUUUUGCGUCUACAAGCCUCCUGGUGUCCAUUGGAAACUCGUGAGGGACACCAUCGAGACCAAGCUCCUUAAAGGUUUAGAUGCGUUGCCAUCGCUGCCUCUUCCUGAGCAGACCCGGUUUUUGACACCACCAGGCGGUGACACUCAGACUCCCAAGGGGCUGUUAGCAGUCUGCGUCCCGGUCCUGUCCAAACACCCUUUGGUAACUGGUCCUGAAUUCCAGCAUCUUCGAGUUGGUGUUGGACAUCGUUUGGAUACAUUUUCCUCAGGAGUAAUGGUCCUUGGUGUUGGGAAUGGAAAUAGGGCUCUGAAUGACCUCUACAACAUGAAAGUCACAAGGGACUACACAUUGGAGGGUGAGUUUGGGACCGCUACAGAUGACUUCUCCCACGUGGGACGAGUUGUGGAAAGAUCCACUUAUGAUCAUAUCACUCAAGAUAAAUUGGAAAGAGUUUUGGCAAUGCUGCAGGGAGCAAAUCAAAAGGCCUUGCUAACGUAUGCAAAUGUAGAUAUGCGGUCACAGGAAGCCUACGAGAUGGCCGUGCAAGGUUUUCUAGGUCCAGAGGGGAAGUCGCCGCCUAUUUUGACGGGUCUGCGAUGCAUUCGCUUCCAACCUCCUAACUUCACUCUGGAGGUGCAGUGCCUGAACGAAACACAGAAAUACCUGCGCAAAGUGGUGCACGAGAUAGGACUCGAGCUGCGCAGCACGGCCGUCUGCAAGGGAGUUCGGCGCACAAGAGACGGCGCUUUCACGUUGCAGGACGCCCUCAACCGCCACCAGUGGACACCCGCUGAUGUCACGCGGGCCGUCCGACAGUACCACGCUGCGAGGAAAAACAGACUCUCCAGUCGAUCAAAGACUGUGAUGACAAACACCAGAAGCAACCAAGAAGAUCAUCGCACCAGAGAAGUACAUUCAAGUGAAGGAACAUGAAGCUUCGACCAUCUCAGUCCACCAUGAGCCCAGAAACAUGCGCCGGCUAAGAUCAUCUCGGAAGGCAAUUUGACGGCCCCGUGAUUACAGUGUCCAAGAGGCGGCAGUGUGUCAACAUUUGCCGAUGACAGAAGCUUCCUUGUGAUGAGGCAAUCACAUUGUUGUCAUGCUCUCCAUAGCUGCAAGGGACAUUUUGUCCAAACUGAGACCAGCGCUUGCUUGUCAAUCCAAAAGAACGCUCACAAAGGCUGAUUAGCGACCAGAACAAGAAGCUAUUUGUCAGCCGGAGCUUUUUUAAAGUAGAGUUUCGCAACACAAAUGGUAAUUAAAAUGUAAUUUUCUUUGAACAUUAUUCAGCAUUGUAGUCCAUGUACAACCUAAUAAACAACAUAUGACAAGUCA